GAGCUUUGGUUGAUGUUGGUUGUAUUUAUCAAUAUUUUAUAGCAUCAGAAAUUAAAUAUUGCCAAUCCCCUGAAACAGUCUUGGGACCUCCAGACUCAGCUUUGAGAAAAACUGGCCUAUUCCAUAAAAAAGAGGUGGGAUUGCCCUGUCUGGAGCUCCUGCUUGAAAUACAAAAACCAACCCAAAGUAUAGAUAACUCAAAAAUGGUAACUUUAUAUAGAGUCCAUAAGCCAUGUCCAUGAACUACUAUCCCCAACCCCCACAAUGAAAGUCCAUCAUUUCCACAUUCAAGGAGAUCUGUGUGGACUGCAAAUCUAUAGACCAUGCCCAGGGAGGAAAGAUACCCUUGUGCGUUCGUUGCCCAUUGAGCACUACUGCCUCUGUCUCCUCUUCAACUUACCAACGGGCCACCAAUCAUUUUAAGCUGGUGGCUUUCCAGACAGCUCCUCCAGGAGGAAGGAGAGCGCAGAUUCCUGGCCCCAAUGGGCUAAUUCAAUUUAUUUUAGCGGCUCUCGUUUCUCGCGGAAUAUUCAUGAGCGAAACAGCAGCCACUUGGCGCAAGAGCAAGAUGAGGGAGGAAGAAAAGGGGAGCAAAUAGAUACUUUUUCCCACCAAAAAAUAUAUCAAAAAGCUUUUUUUUUUUUCCUCCCUCCCACCUCGCGUUGUGAAGGCGUCCCCCUCCUCUUCCCUCCUCCUCCCGCCUACCUGCGAGGGCUUUCGGAAAACAAGGAGGCUGAGAGAAGUCUACCUGUCAGAAGCGAGAUAUCACUGAAGAAGAGAACCCGAGAAAAGGGACGGGGAGAACCCUCACCAGAGCUACUUUUCCAAGAAGCGGGAAAGGAAGCCUCCUCCCCCCUGCCCCCGCCAGGGUUUGUCAGCUAUUCCUUUAGCCUUCUUCUUCUUUUUUUUUUUUUUUAAAUUCACGCUUUCGGUCUGUUCCUUCUCCUUCGGAUAGAAAGGGCCAGUUCUUUUUUGCCUGCUUACAGCCGAACCCAGCGGCAGACCCGAAGGAAGCGAGGGAGGCGAAGGGCUCAAAACUACGGCAUCCGCCGGAGCUGGAGAAGCCGCGGAAAACUCCUGCCAAACUGCCUCGGUCCGGCGUUUUACCAGAAGAAGCGCCGGGCUGCAGGCGGCAGGAGCGAGUCGGGUUUGCGUCGGGCCACUUCUUCAGGCGCGAAGCCUUUUUUUGCGCGGGGCUGGAGUUUUUGCUGGGACCUUACGAAGGCGCGCGUGGGGAAGAGCGCCCGAGAGGCGCCGCUUUCCCGCUCGGUGCUGUUGGGGGGGGUCGAGGCUUCUGGGACGAAGACGAGCGAGGGCCGGAGAGCGGCUCUGCUUCCUUUAAAUUACCUAAGACCGAGUGGAGGAAAAACGCUACCUCGCCGGGUACUGUGUGAGGAUAAAAAGAGAGAAUUGCUGAAGUUCCUGCCUGACAAGCUGUUGAAUGAAUAUCUACUUAUAACCGUAGCAACAUCAAUAAGUGACAGGAGCAUAGAACGAAGGGCAGCACAAUAACAUCCGUAAAAUAAAACAAGCAAAAAGAGCAAAAAAAAAAAAAAAGACCUAUCUAUUGGAUUCUUUAGAGGACAAUCCUCAUAUGACAAUGCGAACAUCAAGCAGAAUGGACAAUGCAAAGAAGUGGCUUGGACUCAGUUUUUGCUUUAUGAUGAACCUCAUUACAACUGUAUUAUCUGGAACUAGCAGAUCUCCAAGCAAAGGCCAAGGACAAAGUCUCUCAGACAACUUGCUUCUUCAUCAACGAAUGAAGAGGAGUUGGGUGUGGAACCAGUUCUUUGUUCUGGAAGAAUACACGGGAACGGAUCCUUUGUACGUUGGGAAGCUCCAUUCUGAUAUGGACAGAGGAGAUGGAUCAAUCAAAUAUAUUCUUUCGGGAGAAGGAGCAGGAAUUGUUUUUACUAUUGAUGACACCACUGGAGAUAUCCAUGCCAUUCAGAGACUAGAUCGAGAAGAAAGGUCUCAGUAUACCUUAAGGGCUCAAGCCUUGGACAGACGAACAGGCAGACCGAUGGAACCAGAAUCUGAAUUUAUCAUCAAAAUCCAAGAUAUCAAUGAUAAUGAACCCAAAUUCCUAGAUGGACCAUAUAUUGCUUCAGUUCCUGAAAUGUCACCAGUGGGCACCUCUGUUAUCCAAGUGACAGCAACAGAUGCUGAUGAUCCUACUUACGGGAACAGUGCCAGAGUCGUCUACAGCGUUCUCCAAGGACAGCCAUAUUUCUCUGUGGAUUCCAGAACAGGAUUAAUUAGGACAGCACUAAUGAAUAUGGACAGAGAAGCAAAAGAAUAUUAUGAAGUUAUUAUCCAAGCCAAAGACAUGGGUGGACAGCUGGGAGGAUUAGCUGGGACAACUACAGUCAAUAUUUCUCUCUCUGAUGUUAAUGAUAAUCCACCCAGAUUUCCACAGAAGCAUUAUCAGAUGAGCGUCCUGGAAUCCGCUCCAGUCAGUUCCACCGUGGGUCGUGUUCUUGCUAAAGACUCGGAUGAAGGUAUUAAUGCUGAGAUGAAAUACAGCUUUGUGGAUGGGGAUGGACUGGAUGUCUUUGACAUUACCACUGAUCUUAAUUACCAAGCUGGCAUCAUCACUGUGAGAAAGCCACUGAGCUUUGAAACCAAGAAAAGUUACACUUUAAAAGUAGAAGGUGCCAAUCCACACCUUGAAAUGCGUUUCUUGAACCUAGGUCCAUUUCGUGACUCUACAACUGUGCAUAUCAGUGUGGAAGAUGUGGAUGAGCCCCCAGUCUUUGAGCCUAGUUUUUAUUUUGUGGAGGUGCCUGAAGAUGUGGAUAUUGGGACCACCAUACAAAUGAUAAAUGCCAAGGACCCUGAUGUGAUCAACAAUUCAAUCAGAUAUUCCAUUGAUCGAAACAGCGAUCCUGGACGCUUCUUUUAUGUGGACAUUACAACAGGUGCUCUGAUGACUGCCAGACCUCUGGAUCGGGAGGACAUUUCAUGGCACAAUAUCAGUGUGCUAGGUGUGGAAACGAACAAUCCUUCACAGGUUGGCAGUGUUUCAGUAACAAUAAGAGUCCUGGAUGUAAAUGACAACGUACCAGAAUUUCCCAGGUUCUAUGAGGCAUUUGUCUGUGAAAAUGCAAAAGUUGGACAGCUGAUCCAGACAGUAAGUGCAGUAGACCAAGAUGACCCACAAGAUGGGCAGCACUUUUACUACAGCUUGGCUCCUGAGACAGCAAAUAACCCCAAUUUUACUCUAAGGGACAAUCAAGACAACACAGCUUGGAUUUUAACUAAGAGAUCAGGCUUUCGGCAACAUGAGCAGAAUACCUUUUAUCUUCCCAUCUUAAUAGCUGAUAAUGGACGUCCUGUGCUAAGCAGUACUGGAACAGUAACCAUUCACGUUUGCAGCUGUGAUGAAAAAGGUCUUGUGAUGUCCUGUAAUGCAGAGGCCUACAUACUCCCUGUCAGCCUGAGCAGAGGAGCUCUGAUUGCCAUCCUAGCUUGCAUUUUUGUUUUGCUCGUUCUGGUUCUGCUGAUCUUAUCCAUGAAAAGACACCGGAAGCAGCCUUACAUGCUUGAUGAGGAAGAGAAUAUCCAUGAGAACAUUGUCCGAUAUGAUGACGAAGGCGGUGGGGAAGAAGACACGGAAGCUUUUGACAUUUCUGCCCUGUGGAACCCCAGAGAGGCCCAGGCAUUCAUAAAGAACCGACAAGACAUGAUGCCAGAAAUUGAAAGCCUCUCAAGAUAUGUUCCUCAGGCCUGCACGAUGGACAGCAGUGUUCACAGCUAUGUAUUGGCCAAACUCUACGAAGCAGACAUGGACCUCUGGGCACCUCCCUUUGAUUCCCUCCAGACCUACAUGUUUGAGGGCAACGGCUCAGUGGCCGAAUCGCUCAGUUCCUUACAGUCUGUAACUACGGACUCAGAACAGAGCUAUGACUAUCUGACAGACUGGGGACCACGCUUUAGGAAGCUGGCGGAAAUGUAUGGUGCCACAGAGGGGAGUGGGACUCUUUGGUAACAAAAAGGGCCAAGUACUUGGUAUUCAAAUGCCGCCAUCUAAACUUGUACUUGUCUGAUAUCAGACAUCGGUGGGAUGGCCUCCUACAAUUAGCAAUAUGAUGCUUGAGGGAGAAUGCAGAAGAAUUUGAAUAAAUCAAAGCACUCUCUCUGGAUCAGCUUUAUGAAAUUACUUUAAGCUACAUUUGUGAAACAAUGAUAAACAGGAGAGAAAGACAGGUGGGAAGAUUUUUUUUAAAUUUUCUUUCAAAGACUUAUACAUGAACAUUUGGUUCUGGAUUAGAAUGACUGAUUUAAGACACAAGAACGCACUCACACACAUGGACCACUUAUUAACUUUUUUACAUCUGCCUGUAAAAAUCUAUACAUUUCAAUUCACAUGGAAUUGUGUGGAGAAAACCGACUCCAGUAGAUGAUUUCUUCCUCUUUGUUUAUAAAAGAAAGAUUUGUCAGAAAAUACAGGAAGACAUUGAUAAAGACAGAUUUUUUUUUUACCAGCAAAUCCUAAUGAAGAAGCUAAAGAGCAAAAGACGUGAGUGAAGGGGAAGGGAGAACAACUGACCCAUGUGUCAUAUGCAUUAUUGCUAAUAUCAAAUUAAUGUAUGCGGAGUCUCUCUCCUCAGCUUUUUAAAAAAACUACAAUUCAAAAUCAAAUCAUAAAAAUAAUGCCUCCUUUCUGCACUGUAGAUACUUCUUCCAUGUGCCAAAUGCAAGAAUCAGAUGUUACCAGUAAAAGCCAAAAAAAGUUUUAAUUUCAUAUCUACAUGAUGUUAGAGGGCCUUUCCCAAACUAGUCAAGAUCAAACAGGGAAGUUUACACUGUAGGUGACCUACUUGAACAAAUGCAGUAUUAUAGAGGAAUAAAAGGAUGUAAUAAAUAUUCCAUAUAUAAGUUUUGUAUAUUUGUUAAUAAUUUUGGUAAUAAAUAUCAUGUACUGGAUGCAGUACCUUAGAACUCUUUUAAUAAAAUUUAAAUUGAAGGAAAAAGAAUCUGCAAG